GGCGCCAUUUUGACAAACGACAGAAACGUCAAAAUCAUAAAAGCGCGUCGAGUUCGUUUUCCGUGAAAAUUUCCCGAAGAAAUGUUGCGAUUUUCCGCAAGAGUUUCCCCCUUGAAUUUGGCGAAAAUCAGGCGAAUAAAUGCGGCCGCUUCUUACGCGGCCGAAGCCAAAGUGGCCGAGACCGCGGUUCCUCAAUCACCUGUUGUAAAUGCGGGUAGUACAGCAGAUGCAAUCAGCAAGCCGCAGGCGGACGUAGUAGUGCCAAAAAUGCCGGAUAUCCCAAAAAGCAUCGAAAUCCCAUCGGUGCAAAAGUUCGAUUCAAACGUUUGCCCAUUCGAUGCCAUCCCCGGCCCGCACAGUCUGCGUUACAUAUCCAAAUUUUGGAGUUACGUGCCCCUCUUGAGUGCCGAAUUUACGGGCGGGGCCCUCUUUCAAGCUAUGAACUUAGGUAAAUUUUUUGGUAAUCUUCUGAGUUGGGGCGGCAACGCGAGAUUCUUUCAAAAGUUCUUUAACGUUUAUGGUCCGGUGGUACGUCUCCACGGCCCGUUUGGUGGUGACGUGGUGCUCCUUUCCAGACCAGAACACGCGAGUAUCGUGUUUCAAAAUGAAGGACAGCAACCGGUGAGGGCGUGUUUGGAUUCGGUCGAGAAGUAUCGGUUGCAACACAGGAGGUUGAGACAAGCGGGGCCUUUUUUGAUGUCCGGUCCGGAGUGGGAAAAAAUCCACGAAAGUCUCGAAAAACCACUCCAAACGUCCGCGGAGCUCCAUUUUAAAACGAUCGACUCGAUCUCCGACCAGUUUGUCGAUCGCCUCCUCUCUAUAAGAAACCUACAGGACGAAGUACCUGGCACUUUUAAAAAUGAAAUCCUUAAAUGGUGCCUGGAGUGCAUGUGCUCCGUAGCAAUGAAACGAAAACUUGGCUUUCUGGAUCCCACGGGACUGAGCCCCACUUCCGAUCCGGGCAGGAUCUUGGGUGGCGUUAAUGGAGCCAGUGAGGCCAUUAGGAAAUGCGAAUACGGUUUUCACGUGUGGAAGUUCAUAGAAACCCCCGCGUGGCGUUCCCUGGUGAGAAACUGCGACGCGAUCGACUCGAUCCUCUCGAAAUACAUUGAGCGCGCUCAAUCCGCCAUAAGGGAAAAGAAAGACCUGAAAUCACCGAGCGAGUUUUCUCUCAUCGAAAGUCUCCUACUUAAGGAUGACGUCCUGGUGGAAGACGUGAUGACGGUCAUGUUGGAUAUGUUGCUCAUUGGGGCGAACGCGACCGCACAUUCGGUCGCUUUCUUGCUCUAUCACUUGGCGAAAGCCCCGAAAUGUCAGAGGAAACUUUACGACGAGUUGAUGAAGCAGGGGGGCGACGUACUCACCCCGGAAAAAUUGAAGAACAUGCCGUAUCUGCAGGCUUGUUUGAAGGAGAGCAUGAGACUCAGCCCGCCGAUUCCUAUUUUGAACAGAGUUUUGGCUAAAGACGCCAUUAUUCAUAGAUACAAGAUUCCCAAAGGAACAUACGUCCUCAUAGCGGUCCAUUUAGCCAGCCUUCGGGAAGAAUACUUUGAAGAUGCCAGAAAAUUCAUGCCAGAACGUUGGCUGUCGGGCGAGGUGAGCCCUCUGGCUAAAGAUCUACAAGUGUUCGCCUCAAUGCCCUUUGGCUACGGUCCAAAGUCCUGUCAAGCCAAAGAAUUGGCUCAAAUGGAAAUUGGCUUGCUCACCAGUAAGAUACUGAAGAGAUUCAUCGUGGAGUAUAACUAUGGUGAAAUUGAGAGUUCUAAUUCGCUGUUGGCUACGCCCGCUAAACCGUUGAAGUUUAGGUUUGUCGAUAGAUUGUGAUGAUGUAAGUGGUUCUGGUUUUUUUAAGGGUAAAGAAGGAAUGAAGAGUUAUGUUCUUUUGUUUUGUUUUCUUUUAAUACUAAGAAGUUUGUUUUGUGUGUAACAAGUGAUGUGCUGAAUAAAAUGAUUCAUUCAGGU